UGCAGACGAUCCCGAGCUCCGCCGCCGCCACCCUCCUCCUCCUCCAGCGAGAGCUCCGACCACCGACGUCGUCAUGUCGCUGAUCUCGGGCGAGGAGUUCCAGCACAUCCUGCGUGUGCAGAACACCAACGUCGAUGGCAAGCAGAAGAUCAUGUUCGCGCUCACCGCCAUCAAGGGUAUCGGGCGUCGCUACUCCAACAUCGCCUGCAAGAAGGCCGACAUCGACAUGAACAAGAGGGCUGGUGAGCUUACUACUGAAGAGCUUGACCGCGUCAUGCAUGUGGUGCAGAACCCUCGCUCGUUCAAGGUCCCUGAUUGGUUCCUGAACAGGAAGAAGGAUUACAAGGAUGGCAAGUUCUCCCAGGUUACUUCCAAUGCCGUUGACAUGAAGCUGAGGGAUGACCUUGAGAGGCUGAAGAAAAUCAGGAACCACCGUGGUCUGCGUCACUACUGGGGUGUCCGUGUCCGUGGGCAGCACACCAAGACCACCGGCAGGAGGGGAAAGACUGUUGGUGUCUCGAAGAAGAGAUAAACCUGAUGCCCAUCAGUCGCUGCAUGCUGGCUUAUCUUUGUUGUCUCUUAAUGAUGUGAAACCCUCGUCCUGGAUAGUUUUGUUGGGGGUUCUAUUUGCAUGUCUCUUAUGGUAAGUCAUGGUCUGCUCUGGUUUAUGUUACCUCUGAGCGUCAUUAGCUAUGAGUCUUGUUUGUGGAUUCAGUUAUGUGUUUUCUGAAUGGAGAUAAGUUCUGUGGACAUAUUUGUGAUUGGUA